AUGGUAAGAGCCAAAAGCAGCCAGGAAAGCAAACCUCGCCGCCGCAAUUCGGUGAAAAGGCCUGCACAGGAAGCGGUGGCGGCGUCCGAUGGCAAAGAAGAAGAAAAGAUUGAUGGAGAACGCAAGGAAAAGAAACCAAGAAGAUCUACUUCUUCAUCUUCUUCGAGGAUCACAAGACAGCGAACUAACAGCAGCCGCAGUAGCCGCAAAUUGGUGAAAAGCCCUGGGCAGGAAGGGACGGUGUCCAAUGGCAAAGAAGAAUUAGGGCUCGAUGGAGAACGCAAGAAGAAACCAAGGGUGGACGACGACAAGAUUCAUUGCGAUAUUUGUUUGGACUUCAAAACAGAUGACCAAAUUUUUAAGAUCGAUAGUGCACUUUCCAAUUUUGCUAUGCUUGUGGAGAGACUUGGACGGCCGUUCAUGAUUCGCAAUGCACUUCGAGGGGGACUUCGACUCGAGAUCGUGAUGUGCCCCCGCGAAGGACAAUACGAGUUAGAACAAAUUCAAUACCCCGCCGCUGUUUAG